CUUCAGUUGCCCGCCCGUCGCUGGGCGCGGCCUGGAGGCCGAGCGCAGGCUGGUCACCGACGCACGGGGUGGUGCGUGCAGAGGCGGAUGCCCGCCGCGGAGCCGCGCAGCGACAGCUGAGAACGCCCUAGUGAGCCGCGGGCCGGCGAGGUGGUGGUGGCGGUGAGGACGCCCGUGUUCCGGAUCCGCCUUUCCAGAAUUUACUUGGUGGCUGUGUAGGGUUCGUUUUCUUAUUUGUAGAGUUAGGACAUGAACAACCUGGCAGCGGACACAAACAUUUUAUAAGCCCAAGUUUCGGUCGCUUGCCCUCGUCUUCGUCGAGAGCCGAUAGGGGGCGGUGCACAAAAGCUGUGGAAGCCACGCACGUGCGAGGGUUUUGUCUUCUGCCACUGGGAGAACUUUCACCUUGCGACUGCCUCUGUUUAGUAAGAACUCAUUCUGUAAAUACUAGCCGUUACUGAGUGCGUGCCAGCCGCCAAGAUGGCUUCUCUCACGCCACAGACCCACCUACUAAGCAGUUGUUACUAGCGACGGUUUGAAGCCAUAUGUGUCCCUGGCUCAGCAGAUGGCACCACCUAGUCCCAGCAACAGCACCCCCAACAGUAGCAGCGGGAGCAGUGGAAACGACCAGCUGAGCAAAACCAACCUCUACAUCCGAGGACUGCAGCCAGGCACUACUGACCAGGACCUCGUCAAGCUGUGCCAGCCAUAUGGCAAGAUUGUCUCCACUAAGGCCAUACUGGACAAGACCACAAACAAGUGCAAAGGCUAUGGCUUUGUGGAUUUUGACAGCCCCUCGGCUGCCCAGAAGGCUGUCACGGCCCUGAGAGCCAGUGGCGUGCAGGCACAGAUGGCAAAGCAACAGGAGCAGGACCCCACCAAUUUAUACAUCUCAAACCUGCCACUGUCCAUGGAUGAGCAGGAGCUGGAGGGGAUGCUGAAGCCCUUCGGCCAGGUCAUCUCUACCCGGAUCCUGCGAGACACCAGCGGGACCAGCAGAGGGGUCGGCUUUGCAAGGAUGGAGUCCACAGAGAAGUGUGAAGCCAUCAUCACCCACUUCAAUGGAAAAUAUAUCAAGACACCCCCUGGAGUACCAGCCCCGUCUGAUCCUUUGCUUUGCAAAUUUGCCGAUGGCGGCCCAAAGAAACGACAGAACCAAGGAAAAUUUGUGCAAAAUGGACGGGCCUGGCCAAGGAAUGGAGACAUGGGUGGGAUGGCCUUGACCUAUGACCCCACCACAGCUCUGCAGAAUGGGUUCUACCCUGCCCCCUACAACAUCACCUCCAGCAGGAUGCUUGCUCAGGCUGCGCUCCCCCCUUACCUUCCGUCUCCUGGGUCACCCUAUCAGAGAGUGACUCAGACUUCUCCUCUGCAAGUGCCCACCCCAUCUUGGAUGCACCACCAGUCGUACCUCAUGCAGCCUUCAGGCUCGGUCCUGACGCCAGGGAUGGAUCACCCUGUUUCACUGCCGCCGGCCUCCGUGGUGGGACCUCUGGCCCAGCAACUGGGCCACCUCUCCCUUGGCAGCACAGGCACGUACGUGCCCGCGGUGGCGGCUCUGCAGAACGCUUACAUCCCCCAGUACGCCCCGGUGCCCUCGUCCAGUGUGUCGGUGGAGGAUAGCAGCGGCCAGCAGAGCCAGGUGGCAGUGGAUGCCCCCUCUGACCCUGGGGUCUAUUCUUUCCAGUUCUCCAAGUAACCGGAAAACCCAGAAAGCUGUGGUGCUAGGACGUGGACGAGGGAGUCCCGCUCGCCGUGUGCUGCCCUGGACUUCGUGGAUGCAUGCGUGUCUGGGGACACGGUGCGGGCUGCUAACGUGCACUCCUGUCCCUGUCCCAUGGGCCCUCCUCGCGCGCUGUGCCUCCUCUCUCCUCCAGGUUGGUCAUUUUUCUCUCCCAUACAGCCGAGUUGCCUCCGCUACCUUUGUUCAGUCUUUAAUUUUGUGGGCUUAUUUUUUGAAUGAAACUUCAUGUGGAAUUUGGGGGAGCUGGGCAAGGAACGAGGUGACGGAAGCUGCUGCUCCUCCCGGGUGAGGAGUCCAUUUGGGCUUCAGGACGUGGACACAGCACCAAGGCUCUUGCACGAGACGAACUGCAGCCUUUGGAAGCCACCUGUGGGCCCGAGGGGCUGAAGACCGUUUCAGGACGGACUCGCCCGGCCUCUGCUGCUUCUCACGCCAGCUGACACCACCUGAGCAAAGGUCUUUCCACACCUGCCUCCCUGCCUCGGGACGUCUCCCGGCCCCCUUCCCUGCGCUCCCUGCGGCACAGCCUCCGUCCACGGGGGAUCUGCGGCCGGGGGUGUGUGCUGCUGGCAGCCUGCAGAGCACGGGACAGCAAAGACGUCUCUGGCCCCAGAUGUCAUCCCUCAUGCCAAAGCUGAAAGAGUUUGACCCAGGGUUGUCCCUGCUCUCUGGGGUGGGGACGAUCCCCAGCCCAGCUCUGGACACCGCGUGCCUUCACACAUCCAUGUACCUGGCUUGGAGGGGCAGCCGUGGGAUCCUUGAUUUCUUAGGCUCUGACCUGUGACCCCGUGCGUCCAGCAGGAGCCGGCCUCAGAAGGCUGUGGCCACUGUGCCUGCACACACCUGGCCGUGGGGGUGGGGAAGGGCGAAGCUCUAGAACCGUGUGUGGACCCCUUCCCUGAGCUUGGGCCCAGGCCAUCAGCAAGCAUUUUCCUUCUUGUGGAAGGACAACAGGGAGCAGGAUGGGAAGUCCGAGCCCGAGUCCCUCCCUCUGGCCGUCCCCUGCGAGGCCCGCGCCCAGGAGGAAGCCGUGGCUUGGCUUGCGGGGAGCAAGGCCCUGCUGCCGUCUUCCCUGGUCGCUGCCUUGCCUGGCGAGAAGAAUUCUGCUCCCUUCACUUCCAGGCACGUGCCUGUCUGCCAGGCCUCUGCAAAGUCGAACAGUGGAGGGGGGAAGAGGCGCUGGUGAGGCGCUGGGAGCAAGAGCUGAGCUGGGGCCCAGCCUGCCCCCGCCCCCACCAGGCAUCUGCCAGUGCCCCCUGACCCCACCCAGGAUGCAAAGGCUGAGAUUCUCCUCACAGAAGGGCUUACCCGGGGUGAGGCAGCCCCAAGCUCAGCAACCUUCUAGAAGGAUUUGGCUGAGCAGGUGAGCCUUGUUUCUGUCUCCAGCCUCAGUCAAGGAAAGCACAGCGUAGCUGCUUUCUUGUCAAUGCCUUCGAGAGACAGAAAACACGCCUGGAACCCUGUCCACGUCUGACGGAGGCUUGCAGGCAGCGUGCUGAGGAGGUGGUGCGUGCGGCCUGCUGCAGCACUGCCACCGCUCCUCUGCCUCCCAGAACCCCUGCUCCUGCCCCUUUUUUCUGUAUUUAAAAAAUGUUUAAAUGGUCA